UCCAAAUGUUUCCAGAUGAAUGCAAUUUAAAGUCAGAUUGUAAUUCUUUUUUUUAAUCUGGGAAAUGGCGACAAUAAUAAAUUAACAAAUGCCUUAUGCAAUGUCCUUGGGAGUUUCUUCUAUUUUUACUCGAGAGGUAGUCCUACUUCAGAGACUCGUUUGGGGUUGUGAAUCUGUCUCUCUUCAGGGCCAGGGCCAGGACGCUAUGCUCUGCCUCCCACAAUUGGUUACAUUGGCCAUGACUACACCAAGCCCAGCAGCCCGGCCUAUUCGUUCCACAGCCGCAUGAGCAGCAAUAUGGUGUCUGUGGAUUCCAGCCCUGGUCCUCAGUAUCACAUCGAUGCGAAGAUGACACGCUUCGGUCGAAAUGCCACGCCUUCCUACUCUAUGCUGGGCAGGAAGAAGAGAUCAGAUGACCUGUUCCAGACUCCAGGCCCAGGAGCCUACAGCCCGGAGAAAGCCCCCCCUGUGAACCUCCAUCGCAGACCUCCAUCCUAUUCCAUCGGCUCACGCACACGCUACCGCGCCACCGACACCGUGCCCGCACCUAACUCUUACACCCUGCCCUCUCUCCUGGGCGCCCGGGCGCCCAGCACGCCAGCCAGCCCCAGCUACUCCAUAUUGGGCCGCAGGAAAACAGGCGCCCCGUCAGAGGACCUCGCCAUGACGCCGGGCCCUGGGAAGUACAACAGCACGGACCCCAGCAUCUACCUGAAGCGCCAGCCCUCGUUCUCCAUGCAGAGCCGCACGUCCAUCCCUAACGACGCCACCUGCAAGCCCGGUCCGGGCACGCAUCAUUCGGAGAAGGUGGUUGCGCACCUGCCACGGCCACCCUCCUUCUCCAUGGGCAUCCGGCAUUCAGAGUUUGUCACCCCACUGGUGGUAGAUGUGUUAGAUUGAGACGACUAUGAAUAGGAAGGUGUUGUCAAAUGAGUCUCAUUCAAGUUGUCAGAGGUAACUUCAUAGGGACUUGAUGUCUCUGUGUUUACAAUGUGUACUAUAAAACAAUCUCCUGGAGAGGGCUGCCUGUGUGUGCAAUAAGACAAGUUGCGGUCCCUCAGUUACAGUUUUCAAUUGCUUACACACUAAAUCUUUGUUUGUCACACAAUUUUUGAAACCUGUCACUCAAAUACCAUAACCCCACAUAAAAUCUGCAAAACCAUACACUAAUUCUCAGUCUUUGACCAGUUUUCAGUUUCAUAAAACACUUUUUGCAAAACAUCAUAUUAUGACAAAAGUGUUUAUAAUGUGAGGUGAAUGCUUGCUUUAAAGAUGUG